GUGUGACACUUGUGUGAGUUACUGAAAUUGUUGACUGUUUAACAGAAGAGUUUGGAUGAGAUACCUCUGGGAGACCUGAGACACAGAUUCAUUUCAUCAUUCAUAUAACAUUUGAGUACUUCAGAUAUUUUUCUUUUUGUCCUGCUGAAGUAAAUCAUUGAAGGAAUAUGGCACCUGUUAGAGAGCUGAUCAAGAACUCCCUGAAGAAUCUAGGAACAGCUCAUCUGAAGGAGUUUCAGUGGUACUUGAAGAAUCAUGAAUGCCUUUCAACUUCUGAAAUGGAGAAUGCAGAUGUCCUAGACACAGUGGACAGGAUGGUGGAGCGUUUUGGAUCAGAAGAAGCUAUGAAGAUCAUGGUGGACAUUCUGAAGAAGAUGAACCAGUAUAAUUUGGCUGAAGAAUUAGAGAACAAGCACAAGGAAGCUCAGACUAAGGGCAAUGUGAAGGCUUCUUCCACUUUUGGAGCUGAUUCAAAACAGAUCGAGGAUUCAACUGCAGAGGACAGUAAAGCUGGUUGUCAUCUUUACGGCAAGAUCAGCCAAAAACUGAAGAACAAAUUACAAGAGGACUACAAGCGGAUAUUGGUUGGUAAUUCUCAGACAGGUCAUCGAAAACACCUGAAUGAUAUUUACACUGAUCUAUAUGUGGUGGAGAAUGAGACUGGAGGAAUAGUGCGUGAACACGAGUUGGGACAGAUUGAAUCAAAUCUCAACCGAUUUUCUGCCAAGGACACACUGAUCCAGUGCAAUGACAUAUUCAAAGUCCAGAGUGAUACGGGUCGACAAAACAGAAAAGUACUGAUGAUGGGCAUCGCAGGAGUGGGAAAGACAGUCUCCAUUAAUAAAUUUCUUCUUGACUGGGCUGAAGGAAAAGAAAAUCAGAAUAUACUCUUCGUAUUUCCAUUUCCAUUCCGUGAACUGAAUAGGAUUACAGAAAAGUACAGUCUCAUGGGACUGCUUAACAAAAGCUUCUUUAAUGGUCCUGAAGAACUGCCCUCUCUUCCUGAAGGUGACGGUAAGGUCAUGUUCAUCUUUGAUGGGCUGGAUGAAUAUCGCUUCCCUUUGAAAUUUCAUGACACUGAUGAAUUUACAGAUAUCCAUAAAAAAACAUCAGUGAGUAAAAUAGUUACAAACCUGAUCAAGAGACAUCUGGUUUCCUCUGCUCUCAUCUGGAUCACAUCCAGACCCGCAGCAGCCGGUCUGAUACCCCGAAACUACAUUGAUCAGGUGACAGAGGUACGAGGAUUCAAUGAUGAGCAAAAAAAGCAAUACUUCAUCAAAAACAGUCCUGGAGUUGCUGGAAACAUCAUCCGUCACAUCAGGAAAUCCAGGAGCCUGUACAUCAUGUGCCACAUACCCGUCUUCUGCUGGAUCUCUCUUACUGUUCUUCAGCCUCUACUGUCUCAAGAGAGCAAUGACAAAACACCUACAACUCUCACAGAGAUGUACACAAACUUCUUACUUUCUCAGAAGCAACAGAUGAAAACAAAAUACUGUAAUCAUCCUGAGCUCAACCCCGAAGCCAUGUCUUUUGAUCAGAUUCUUCUGAAGCUUGGGGAACUGGCCUUUAAACAGCUGGAGAAAGGUCAUCUGAUUUUCUACAAAGAAGAUCUUGAGGAGUGUGGACUCGAUGUCAGUGAAGGGUCAGUGUACUCUGGGUUAUGCACUCAGAUCUUUCAGAUGGAAAAAUCUGUGUCAGAGAGAAAGAUUUACAGUUUCGUACAUCUCAGCAUCCAGGAGUUUCUCGCUGCUAUCUAUGUGUUUUUCAAAUACAUAUGCCAUAGAAAAAAUGCCUGUCUUCAAUCCUGGAUAGAAAAACAGAAAUGGAAACUCUACAAAACAUCAUUAUUUGACCUUCAUAAAGCUGCAGUCAAGAAUGCUUUAAAAAGCAAGAACGGACACCUGGACCUUUUCCUUCGGUUCCUGCUGGGUCUCUCACUGGAGUCCAAUCAGAGUGACCUGAGGGAACUGCUGCCAGGACUGGAACCAAAAACAGAAACCAUCAAAGACACUGCUGACUAUAUCAAAAAGAAAAUAGAGAGUGAAAAUUCAGUAGAGAGGACCAUUAACCUCUUCCACUGUCUGAAUGAAUUGAAGGAUGACUUUGCAGAGGACAUUCAGAAGAAUCUGAGCUCAGGAUAUCUUUCAGCACAGAAUCUUUCCUCUGCUCAAUGGUCAGCUCUGGUUUUUGUGCUGCUGAUGUCAGAAGAGACUCAAGAGAAAUUUGAACUGCAGAAAUACAGAAGAUCUGAUGAAGCAGUGAUGAGACUAAUGCCAGUGAUCAAAAACACCAGAAGAGCACUGUUGUCUGACUGUAUGUUGACAGACGAAGGCUGUGGUUAUGUGUCUGUAGCUCUGAGUUCAAGCCCUUCACACAUGAGAGAGUUGGAUCUGAGCUACAAUUACCUACAGGAUUCAGGAGUGAAACUGCUCUCUUAUGGACUGAAGAGUCCAAACUGUCAAUUGGAGAUACUGAGGUUGUCAGGCUGUAUGGUGACAGAGGAAGGGUGUGGUUAUGUGUCUUCUGUUCUGAUUUCAAGCCCCUCACACCUGAGAGAGCUGGAUUUAAGUAACAAUGACCUGCAGGACUCAGGAGUGAAUCUUCUCUCUAAUGGACUGAAGAGUCUAAACUGUCAGCUGGAGAUACUGAGGUUGUCUGGCUGUAUGGUGACAGAGGAAGGUUGUGGUUUUGUGUCUUCAGCCCUGAUCUCAAACCCCUCACACCUGAGAGAGCUGGUUCUGAGCUACAAUGAGCUGCAGGAUUUGGGAGUAAAUCUACUCUCUAAUGGACUGAAGAGUCCAAACUGUCAGCUGGAGAUACUGAGGUUGUCUGGCUGUAUGGUGACAGAGGAAGGCUGUGGUUAUCUGUCUUCAGCUCUGAGUUCAAACCCCUCACACCUGAGAGAGCUGGAUCUGAGCUAUAAUCACCCAGGACAAUCAGGAGCCCAGCUGCUCAAUGACAAGCUGAAGGAUCCAAACUGCUCACUGCAGAUACUAAGUGUGGAUCAUGGAGGAGAGGUCAGGAUGACAGCAGAACCACAGAGAUGGGCCUGUAGUCUCACACUGGAUCCAAACACAGCACACACUCAAAUAAUCCUUUCUGAGGAGAACAGAAAGAUAACACGUGUGUUAGACCAUCAGCUGUAUCCUGAUCAUCCAGAGAGAUUUGAUGAGUGUCGUCAGGUUCUGUGUAGAGAGAGUCUGACUGGACGCUGUUACUGGGAGGCUGAAUGGAGUGGAAUGGGGGCUGAUAUAGCAGUGACAUAUAAAGGAAUCAACAGGAAUGGGGGUCGAGACUCUUGGUUUGGAUAUAGUAACAAAUCUUGGAGUCUGCACUGCUCUAGAAAAAGAUACACUGCCUUUCAUGAUAAUAAGCAAACAGACAUACCAGCCUAUCCAUCCUCUAAUAGAGUAGGAGUGUAUCUGGACGUGUCGGCCGGGACUCUGUCCUUUAACAGUGUCUCUGACACACACACACUCACGCACUUACACACAUUCAACACCCCAUUCACUGAACCUCUCUAUGCUGGAUUUAGGGUUGAUUUUAAAUCUGAGGUAUUUUUAUCAGAGUAAAACACAGAGAAGCAAACAACUAAAAUUGAGAGAUUAUUCAUAAAUUAUUACUUUACAGGUACAUUUUUGAACUUUUUCUUCUCAUUGCUGUUUUAUGUCUGAAUUUCAAAAUGACCUUACCAGAAACCAAGCAACCAUUGAAAUAAUGUUACAUCAACGUUAAUGUGUAAAUGUUAACCAAAAUGAAUCAACAUCACUUUUGCACCUGCAAUCAAUGUUGAAAAAAUGUUGAAAAAAUGUUGAAAUUUCAUCAAAAAAUCCAUGGUAAAGGCAUUGAAUCAAUGUUUAAAUGUGAUUGUUGUGAUGUUCGUUCAACAUCAUGCUUGCACUCUCAGAAAAUGAAACACAACAACAAAUCAACUGCAAAUAAAAUAAGACAAUAAAUCUCUCAAGAUCCCAGCAGAGGAGGAUUAAACAACUCCAAAAAGA